ACAUCAUAGAGAUUUUCAUUAAAAUAAGACAAGGCCUGAAUGACCAUUAUAUAUAUCCUUCAUUCCUUCCGCUUCCGCUUACCAUCUACAGAUGGACAAGAAGUUAUGAUGAAACACAUGAUACAUAUGAUAGGAUCAUUCAUUCAACGUGUCAUGCUCACUUAUCAAAGUAAGCUUAUAUACCAUGAAAGACAUAGUAAAUAGACGAAGCUCCGAAUAUCAGAGUAUUCAAAACCCACUUACGCUCAUAAAAGACUAAAAACAAGCAUAGCUCCCUAAAACAAUAAGGAAUUAUUAGAAACAAAAAAACUAUCUCUCUAAUUAGAAGCCCAAACUGCCAUAGGGAAAAAAAACUAGCCCUAAAGCCCAAGUCAAGCAGCCAACCCAACCUAAGUUCCAUCCUUCACCGCUUUUGUGUAGAGACAUCCACGACUGACCCGCUGCCGUCACAGGACAAGGGACACCACCACCAGAGCCACCAAUGGAACGGUGAUUGUUAGAGUCAAACCUACGCGGAGAGUGAAUCCCAGCACACCAAACCACCAACAAAACGCCUUGAUGCCGACAUCGAUCCGCCACUUGAUGCAAAGUUGGGACAGAGAAGCCCAACCCUACACCACCAUCCCUUGAACCUAUCCUCGAUCUCACCUACCUCAGAGAUGCAUCAAGUCAGAAGACCCAGGUUGUAGUCCACUUUCGUCAACCUUCAUACCAGAAUUCUUCCUGCAGCCAAGAGCGAGCUUUAGAAAAACACAGCCUGUCCGGUAGCAGCACCACCACGUCGCGCGACUAGGGCCAACACAAACGCUGGGCCGCUGUCGGACGAGCACCGCUGGAUUACACUGGAAAUCCGCCUAGGGUUUCUUUCAAGAGUUCGGGAGUUUUUUUUGUCUGAAUGGUUUCUUUGUAUAUAAUUGUAGAUACUAGAUAAUGAGUAGUCAUAGGCAGAAAAGUGAAUUGUAUUUUCCUAUUUUUUUCAUUUUUAUCUAAAUUUUUGUUGUUUCAGUACGUACUUUGACAACUAUGUCUCCGAAGAAUAAAAGUUGGGCUUUAUUAUUAUUAUUUUUUUUUUGAAAAGUUGGGCUUUAUUUUUUAAUAUUUCAAGGUUGUUUUUUUUUUUUGAAUAAAAACAGAAAUUUCAAGGUUGUUUUGGUACACUUAUUCAGUUUUAGCUAAUAACUUCUCUUAAUAAUAAUAUAGCAGUAGUGAUCAAGUGCAGUACCAAGUACUAACCAAUCAAGCCAGGCACAUGUGAAGUUGAAGCGUUGAACAGUAGUUACAAGUCAAACAUCCCAAAAACAACGCAACAUUAAAAAUGUCGCAGCCGCAAACCGCCACUGCGACCUACACGAGCAUCCCCGUCACCAUUCCCGCCGCUGACGUCAUCUCCCGAUCCAUCCAGAACCUUCUUGGCGCCAUCUCCCGCCACCGCCCCUGGCCCGAGUUCGGAUCAUCUCUAAGUCGACCCGACUCCUACUCCUCCGCCCUGACCCGACUCCGCUUCAACUCCCGCCACUUCCGGACCAACUACAUUCUCCUCAUCGGGGUCUGCGGCUUCCUCUCCCUCAUUGGAAGCCCCGGCUGGGUUCUCGCGACAGCCGCCGUCGUCGGGCUGUGGCUGGUGAUCUACUUCUUCAGGGAGGACCCACUCGUGGUGUUGGGCCACCACUUUAGUGAUUGGGCCGUUUUUGUGGGCCUGGUGCUGGUUUCUCUUGCGGUUGUGUGGUUGAGCAGUGGGCUUGGGAAUGUGGUUUUGGGCCUUGGAAUUGGGCUGCUCGUUUGUGGGCUUCAUGGGCUGGUUCGGGAUACCGAAGGCUUGUUUCUCAACGAGAACGAAGCCGCCUCGGCCGGGUUGAUCGGGCCCACACCCGUCUGAUUCGUUUUUCGAAUCAGCAGCAGUUCGUGUUAGUGUGUCGUGAUAUUGUGUCAGAAAUUGUAACUCCUAAUUCAAUUUUUAUCUUUUUUCUUUUUUUCGGUUUCGGUUUGGGUUUGGGUUUCGUGUGCUUGUUAUGACUUGGAGAACAAACAACAAAGAUUUUAAUUUUGCUGUUUGAAGUCCUGGGUGUUUGUGUGUAAUGAACUGAGGUUGACUGAUUGAGGGUGUAAUAAGGUUCAGGGUUUAGGGCUUUUCCCUUGUAAUCAAUCAUUUGUGUAUUCUAUUAUGCAUGGAAUGAAAAAUGAAAUCAAUUUGAUUUGA